UGCGACAGGUGUUGCUUCUUGGAAGUCGGAGGUAACUACAAACGUGCGAAAAAUCCUCCUGGUACUGAAUGUCUAUGAGAAUGUAGGAAUUAUGAAAGAUGUGCCUCAAUGGUUAUUUUUUAGAGGUAUAAAAUGGAUUUAGGUCACGUAAAUGUACGAGGACAAAAUGUUGAUCUUCUUCAUCAAGCCAUCCAUCCUGACUAUGGGGCAGUUUGGACUGAUGGCAAAACCAUCUAUCUGGCUCCCGUCCAGCUCUCUCAUGGUCAAGUGGUCAACCAAAGAGCUAUAAAGCUGGGCAAGUUUGACCAGCUUCCUAGUUACCAGUACAACUUCAGAGAGCCCUUUGUAAACCACCACCUCUCGGUAAAGAGUAUUCACUGGAGCUGUAACAUUGGACCCCAUUCCUGUUACAUGUGUGUGGUGCACACCCAGCACUUGUCUCUGUGGAAGGUCGAUGGGUUCAUUCCGAAACUCAACUUCAAGCAGGUCCGAAAACUGAAUGUUCAACCCAUCUCCAAAGGCUGUCUAUGGAAUCCUUGUAGAGACAUUCUAUGUACCCUCAGUAAACAACAAUGUAGUUUCUUCUUCAACCAUGCCCAGCACAGAGGAAGUUUUGCACUUCCGCCCCUGGAGAGUGGAAAAAUCAGCUGUGGGGCCUGGUCAAAUGAUGGGAAUCAGCUGAUUUUGUGUGUGGGAGCAGUCAUACUUGUAUACACAUGGGUUGACAUAGAUCUGUCAAUCAGCAGUUACACCCCCUCAGCAUGGAAGAUUCCGGGGUUGGAAGGCAGCAUUAGAUCUGUGAGUUUUCUCUCUAAAUCCUUGUUGGUGUGUGCAACAGAACCUCCACUAGAAUCUCUUUGUAAAGAUCAGGACAUGUUUGUUGUACCCACAGUUGUCAAUGGAAACAAUCUACUACAGAGCAAUGAUUCUGACAUAUUAGUGCCAAAGAAGCAGAUCUCUUCACAGUCUGUCACGGGGACGCUAUUAAACCUGUCCAGAAAUCCACAGAGUGUAGUCCAGGAAAUAUCUCAGUUAGUGACAAUCCAAUUACGAGAAAACAGAGACCCCCAAAGGAAAUCCUGCAUCGGAAUCGGGGGACUCCUAUCUCCCGAAAUCCUCAUCUACGAGCCCAGCCUGAGAUCUCUGGUUGUCGGGAGUAACACACAGAAUGUCCUACAGGUUUUCACCUUCACCAGGGAUGGACCCUCGGGGGACCUGGUCAAGUCAGCAGAAAUACAAAUGGACAAAUUAGAAAGACCGAAGGGAAUUAGCUUAAUUCCAAAGGGUGCAGCCCUAGGAUACAAAGGAAUUCUUAUUGCUGCAGGAAUGAAGAAAAACAAUGAUUCCACAUUUUUGCCGUCGUCUUCAGGGUCAAACAUGGAAGCCAAACUAAAGUUCUACUCCAUAGAUGUUGAUUUACGACAAUUCCAGUCAGAUUUAAAUGAAUCUGCUGACUCAUCAGAAUCUCUGUGCAGUAGUCUGUCCUCCAUAGAAUCGCCAAGGCAAGGAUUUAAAAUCAAGAUGGACCUGGAACAAACAGAAUCUUCAGAAAAUCUUUGUGAGAAAGACCAAAAUGAGAAUUCUGUUCCUAAACUGGACUCGGAGGAUAUGACAACAGGUGCAGAUUUGUACUUUCCGAAACAAAAAACUCGAACAGAACUAUGUGACCCCUCCGAUACAGACUCAGAGGCUUCACCAAGGGAGGUAACUCCAAACCCAGAUCAAAAUGACAAUUCAAACUCUGCCAUAUCAAAACAAUCAGAUACAGAUUCAAACUUAUCUCAAGACAGCCCCGAGACACCAGAGGAGGCUGUGCCAAAAAUAGUCCUCCCUGGUCAUAACGAUGCUGAUUCUGAUGCCUCACCAAGGGAUAUAACAUUAUUCCCUUCAACAAAUGAUUCUUCUAGACCUAAAAUUGAAGAUCUGGGUCAAUCAAUUAGUGUGGAAAGUGACCUAGAAACAGAAAAAGUGGAUUUCUCUGAGCAAGAACCAAGGUUUCGCUCCAGUGUUAGUGCUGAGGAUAUCUUUGAAGGGGUGGAUGAAGUCGCUAAAAAUUUGGAAUCCAGGCUGGUUGAUAGAACUAAUGAAAAUAUGGAGAGCUGUGAGACUGUGGUCUCUGAUAAUGUGGAAAUGGAUUCAGAUUCUGACAGGAAUAUAGAGCAACUGUCAGAUAGAGAUUCAGCUGUCAUUACAGCAGAUAAUGCACGCAAUGCAAACAGAGAUGUGCAGAGGCAGUCUGACGGGAAAUCUGUCAGUGUGAGAGAGGAAGAGGAGAGCCUGCACAGUACUGUACAGCAGCAGUCGAGUGAAACUGAAGGACAGAGCGAUGUCCAGAAUGACGACGAGUCCUUCAAAAUAGAACAGAUGGAACAGGAGUUACAGGAGCAGAAUAAACAGAUCAGCCUGAUGAGUGAGAAGGUAUCCAAGUUAGCACAAAUGGUAGAUGAAACCACUUUAGUUUUCCCAACAAAGUACCAAACUAUAGAAAAACCAGAGACUGUUCUAAUCGUGUGUAGAUGUCCUGAUAAGAAGACAAUCCGGAAAACAUUUUUACUGGACAAUGGGAGGUUAGCACUGGAUGCUAUAAAGGCCAGUUUUAAUCUGGACACUGUGGAGAUAUUUAUAGAUGGUGACCCAUGCACAGUGUCCAGUAACAUAGAUGGUUACAUUCCGUUAAGAUUCCAGCCUUCUACCACACUCAUCAUCCAGGGGAGACCAUCUAGGUCCAAUCCCAGAAUUCCAAGCAAUUCAGACUCAGACGAAGAGAAUAUGAAAUAUUUUGAUGCUGAAACCAAAACUGGAACUGUGUGUUAGCUUCAAUAAUGUACAGAGUCAAUAAUUACCAUAUUUCACUAUGCAGAGUCAAUAAAUAACUGUGAUUGCUAUCUAGUAUUCCUGAAAAAUCUGAUCUUGCAGAACCAAGAAGUAGAUCAGAUAACGGAGUUUGUUUUGAUAGUGAAGCUAAGUCUAAUGAACACUUACUCUCUGUUUAUGCAUCCAUUAUUUCAUGGAGAUCACACAUUGCAUUUCAGAAUUAGAUAUAUUGUGUGAAACUGUUUGUCAUGAUAACAUUUGUAUAAUAUCCACUAAUAUUGUUUUGUUUUCAUUUUUUCUUUACAAUAUUAUACACUGUAAUAAUAGAUUUUAUUUCUUUUUCUCAUUUAAGUUAUAUUUUAUACAAUUUGUCUUUUGAGAAAGAUAUAUGACAUUGGUGUAUAGUGUCAACAUGUAAAAAAAAAAAAUGCAUUUUCUUAACUCAUUUUCCUCUGACAACAUGAAGUAGAUCUGAUAUCAAAAUUGUGUAAAAUACCAGAUGUGUUCAAAUAUUUAUAAAACAAUGAAAGAGAAAUAUGGGUUGAUGAUUAAUAAUCCUUAUGUUUAUAAAUCAAAAUGCAUUAAAGCUAAAUAGUUUAUGGAAUGUUUCAUUUUUAAAUUUUGAUUUUAUUAUUUACAAUAAAUUUUAUUUCUUCUUUUUAAGAAAGUGAUCUGAUUUUAAUCUCUCCAUCUGUUAAUUUUUAAAAUUGUAUUUUAAAAACAUAAUGUAUUCUAUUAAAAUCUUAAUGAUUCCA